GUAUAAUAAAGAAAGCCAUAAAGGCGCAUCACGGCGUAAAAAAUAUACAUCUACCAUUUUUCUAAUUCCGGCACUGACGACCAUCCCGGAGGUAGCAGCCACCGUGCAGCCCUCGAAUAAUUCCCCAUUUUCCAACAAACAUCUACUGCCCCACUCUCCUCCUCACUUCGUACUUCCACUUUCCGGACACCUCCUUUAACUUCUCUUUCCCUCUUCUCUUCUUCCCACUCCCUCUCUUUUCCAUGGCCGCCACUGGAGCUUGUGUUUUCCAUGGCGUUCUCUUCUCGGCUUUCCGUCGGGAUAGGACCUCCUUCAAUGGAACUUUCAAAUCCUCUCCGAUUGCGAUCCAUAAUGCUCCCCGAUUUGCUGCUGUUCCUACUACUUCCAUGGACCAAGUUGCUUCCUCUUCCUCGCCGGAGGAGACUGCUUCAACCUCCUCGGUGGGUGAUUUGUUUGGUAAUGCCCGGUUUGACAAAACUUACAAAUAUGCUACAACCGCGAUUGUUGGAGUUGGUGCUGAAAACGGAACCCGGUUCAACUCGGGUUCGGAAGAUACGGAGGUCCGCCGGAGCUUGAACGACUAUUUUGAACAAUCGGUUGAAUUGAUUAGAUCGGAUAAUGGACCUCCUCGCUGGUUCUCGCCGCUGGAGUCCGGUUCUCGGAUUGAUAAUUCUCCAUUGCUUCUGUUCUUGCCUGGAAUUGAUGGGGUUGGACUCGGGCUUAUCAAGCAUCAUCAGAGACUGGGGAAGAUUUUCGAUGUAUGGUGCUUGCAUAUUCCAGUCAGGGAUAGAACGCCAUUUACAGAAUUGCUGAAGUUGGUUGAAAAGACAGUAAAAGAUGAACAUCGUCGUUCACCAAAGAAACCAAUAUAUGUUGCUGGAGAAUCUCUUGGAGCAUGUCUUGCUCUGUCUGUUGCUGCCCGUAAUCCACAUAUCGACAUUAUAUUGAUUUUGUCUAAUCCAGCUACUUCUUUCAGCAAGUCACCAUUACAACCUGUAGUAUCUUUGUUGGAAUUCAUGCCAGAAUCAUUGCAAGUUAGCCUCCCUUACAUACUGAAUUUACUGAAAGGUGAUGCUUCUAGGCUGUCAUUGGCUGGUGUGGGAGACAUAUUGCAAAGAAUUGUCAGCGAAUUAUCACAGGAUCUUGGUGCUGUAUCUUCUAACCUCUCUGUUCUUGCUGAUAUUUUACCUGUAGAAACACUCAUCUGGAAGUUGAAUAUGCUUAAAUCUGCUUCAGCGGAUUCCAACUCACGGCUUCAUGCCAUAAAAGCUCAGACUUUGAUACUCUGCAGUGGCAGAGAUCAGUUGCUACCCAGUAUGGAGGAAGGUGGAAGACUUCGUCAGUUUUUGCCAAAAUGUGAGAUUAGAAGAUUUUCCAACAAUGGCCAUUUCCUUUUCUUGGAGGAUGGCCUUGAUUUGGCUACUACAAUCAGGGGUGCCAGUUUCUAUCGUCGUUCACAGUACCUGGACUAUGUUUCAGAUUUCAUCCCACCGUCGCCUGCUGAAGUUAGAAAAAUAUUUGAGGAGUUUAGUUUGGUUAAUUUUGCUACUAGUCCGGUGCUGCUUUCAACUCUAGAAGAUGGAAGAAUUGUGAGAGGACUCGCAGGUAUUCCUGAAGAAGGUCCUGUCCUGUUCGUCGGGUAUCAUAUGCUAUUGGGACUCGAAUUAGCUCCCAUGGUAGGCCAGUUCUUCACAGAAAAGAACAUAAUUUUACGAGGGAUGGCACAUCCUUUGAUGUUUAUCAAAAUGAAGGAAGGACGUUUACCGGACUUGGCAUCCUAUGAUUCAUUUAGAAUGAUGGGAGCAGUUCCUGUCACUGCCAAGAACUUCUAUAAACUUCUUUCUACAAAGUCUCACGUUUUAUUAUAUCCCGGAGGCAUGCGCGAGGCUCUACAUCGAAAGGGUGAAGCGUAUAAGCUAUUCUGGCCUGAGCAAUCAGAGUUUAUUCGGAUGGCUGCUCGGUUUGGAGCGAAAAUUGUACCUUUUGGUGUUGUGGGAGAAGAUGAUAUUAGUGAAGUGGUUUUUGAUUAUGAAGACCAAAUGAAAAUUCCACUCUUUAAAAAACAAAUAGAGGAACUAACCAGUGAAGCCGUGAGACUGAGGGCUCACAUGAAUGGCGAGGUUGCAAAUCAAGAUGUCCACUUCCCUGGAAUUAUCCCUAAACUUCCUGGAAGAUUUUAUUACUAUUUUGGAAAGCCAUUCGAAACUGAAGGGCGGAAAGAGGAAUUGCGCAACAGAGAAAAAGCCCACGAACUAUAUCUUCAAGUAAAGGGCGAGGUAGAGAACUGCCUCGCAUACUUAACAAAUAAAAGAGAGAGCGAUCCUUACAGACAAUUAUGGCCUCGUCUAGCUUAUCAAGCCAAGCAUGGUUUUACAGCUGAAGUUCCAACUUUUGAGAUAUGAUUGUUCCAUGCAAGAGAAACCGGCAAGAAUUAUCGGAGGCGAUUUGUUUGUUUGUUAGGCCAGUGGCUAAUAAGGAUGUUGGUGAAAAGCCGACGUUUGUGGCCAAUUUGGUGCUUCCCAUAGAUCAUAGGAUUUGUUUUCUUUUUCAGGUAAAAUCUAACGCAUGUCUAUUUUUGUGAAUUUUCAUUGUAAUGCCAAUUUGUGGGUGUAAAUUUUAUUCAUAAGCUGGGGCGUUUAAUGUGGAGACCCUGUAUUCAUGAUCACUCUUGCUUGUAUUGCAAAAUAAUCAGAUAUCAAUGAUUCUAUCUAAGAUUAUUUUUUUA